AUGAGUAUUAAUGCAGCAAAAACUUACAUUAAAAGAUUACAAGAAAAAUUAGAGAUCUUAAGAGAGAAAAAUGGUGGAAUUCUAGCAUUGGUAAGACAUGAUGAAAUUGAUGAAGAAAUCAAACAAUCAGACAUCCUUCAUGAAGAAGCAACGAGAAUUAUUGUCCAUAUUGAAGGAGUUUUGGAAAAACUUACUCUCCUGUAUUGCAGUCAACCUUUAAUUUCGGUAAAGGUACGUUUACCGAAAUUAAAGUUGAAAAAAUUCAAUGGUGAUGUGAUAGAAUGGCAAUCGUUUUGGGAUGCCUACAAAUCUACAAUUCAUGUAAACCCAGAACUAUCAGACAUUAAUCGAUUUAUUUGAAGUCUUUGUUGGGAAUUCAGCAGCAGAAGCAAUUGCUGAACUCAAGUUGACUUCACUUAAUUAUGCCGAAGCAAUUGCUAUUCUUGAAAAGAGAUUUGGGGAUAAACAGUUAAUAAUUAAAAGUCAUAUGGAUGCUAUGGUCAUGACACGAAGGCAGUUAGACAGUUCUACAACAAGGUAG